AUGGAGCGCUACGACCGUGCGAUAACGAUCUUCUCGCCGGAUGGGCAUCUGUUCCAGGUGGAAUACGCUCAGGAAGCUGUUGGUGUGCGUGGCAAGAACUGUGUUGUGAUUGGCGUUGAGAAGAAGUCGAUUCCGACGCUGCAGGACGAUCGCACCAUCCGUAAAAUACACAGUAUCGAUGAGCAUGUGAUGCUCGCUUUUGCUGGACUGAGUGCGGAUGCGCGUGUUCUGGUCGAUCGAGCUCGCAUUGAAUGCCAGUCUUACAAGCUUACGCUCGAGGAUCCCGUUACAGUGGGCUACAUCGCUCGAUUUAUUGCAAACACAAAACAGCGUUUCACGCAAAGUCCUGGAAGGAGACCGUUUGGCAUAUCAAUGCUUAUUGGCGGGUUUGAUUUCGAUGGAACUCCACGCCUUUUCAAAACCGAACCAUCCGGAGCUUAUUACGAGUAUUCUGCAAAUUCAACAGGUCGAGGUGAGAAGCCAGUGCGAGAGUACUUGGAAGAGCACUACAAUGAAGAGAGCACGGCGGACGAAGCGAACGUGUUAAAAUUAGUCGUCAAAGCUUUAUCACAAGUGGUUCAGAGUGGUGCUCAGAACAUUGAGAUCGCAAUUAUGAAGCCUUCUACUGAGCCGGGGCGUACAGUGGACUAUCGGAUUUUACCGAUUGAAGAGGUGGAAGAACUGAUCAAAAUUGUUGAUGCGGAAAGGGCGGAAGCCGAGGCUGAAGAAGCAGCGAAGAAACCCGCCGGCACUAAAUGA